AUGGCGAGAGGCAUGCUCCCUGUGAUCACCAUGGUCGUCACACUGACGGCCAUGGCUCUAGAGGCGAUCACGCCGAUGGCGAGCACACCGGCAGCGGACAUAAUCUACGUCAGCUCGGAGAAUGUUGCUUCGGAGAAGAGCAUGCGUGGCCUGUACGAGCGCUGGUACGCACUCUACAGGCGCGACGGCGACCCUAGUGACAAGGAGAAGCGAUUCACCAUCUUCAAGGCGGAGGCACGUGCUGUGUACAAGCUGAAUGAGGGCGGCGCAGGCGUGAAACAUCAUCUGAAUUGGUUCACAGACAUGACCCAAAAUGAGUUUGUCGAAUCGUUCGCCAGCUGCUCCCCCCUCGAGGUCCGAUCCCCUGACGAGAUCAAGCUCAACCUUCACCAGCCUAGCCAGUACUACCCCGAUAAGCUGCCACUCACCGUCGACUGGCGGACCGUGGACGGCGUUCUCACCAGCGUGAAGCACCAGGGGAAUUGCGGAAGCUGCUGGGCAAUUGCUGCAGCCGGAGCAAUGGAGAGUGUCCACUUCCUGUGGUGA